AGCUGGCCGGGGUCUCCUGGCGACGAUGGCUGGGGAUGUGGCCGGCCGCAGCUGCACGGACUCGGAGCUGCUGCUGCACCCGGAGCUGCUGUCGCAGGAGUUCCUUCUCCUCACGCUGGAGCAGAAGAACAUAGCUGUUGAAAAUGACAUAAGCAUAAACAAAGACAACCUCACUGAUCUCUAUGUUAAGCACGCAAUACCAUUGCCUCGGAGAGAUUUGCCUAAGAACAGGUGGGGGAAAAUGAUGGAAAAGAAGAGAGAACAAUAUGAGCCAAAAAAUGAGACUAAAAGGAGUAGCACUGUAGAUGUGUCAAAGAAAAGACCCCUCAUUGUGUUUGAUGGAAGUUCAACAAGUACAAGCAUAAAAGUGAAAAAGACAGAGAAUGGGGAUAAUGAUCAACUCAAGCCUCCCCCUCAGGCAAGCUCUACCAGUAAUGCCUUUCGAAAAUUCUCAAAUUCCUCUUCAAGUGUUUCUCCCCUAAUUUUGUCUUCCAAUUUGCCUAUGAACAAUAAAAUGGAACACAAUAACAAUGACACUAAACAGAACCAUGACUUCACGCAUGGGAAAAGUCCUUUGGGCCCUAUGAAGUUGCCGCCUUUGUCCCCUGUGGGAACCACUCCAGUGAAGUUAAAGCGAGCUGCUCCUAAAGAGGAAGCCGAGGCUGUGAAUAAUCUGAAGCCCCCAGAAGCAAAGAGGAAGAUACAACACGUUACAUGGCCAUGAAGGAAAGUUUCCAAAAAUGUAAAUAUAACUAGUUUUCAAACAAGUUCACAUAUAUUGACAGUAUUUAUAGAGAUCUUGAUUAUUUUGAAAUUUUCUUAAGAGGUUUAAAAUUAGGUUAAAAAAAUUAAAGUCUUUUCUUUUCCUCCCU